AUGACAGUCUUAAACGAAACUAGAUUCUUGAAAGAGAAGGACGGAGAUGCUCCUAAUAUGCAAGAUCUUGAAAAAGCAAUGUCAACAGCUUUUCAUAAGUUUGCAGAUUGUAGACAAAUAAAAAUUGAUCAUAGUAACUUUAUUUCCGACAAAAUCAGAGAAAUUGAAGAAGUAAGCGAAAGUUUUAAAGAAUACGCGAAUAACUCAAUCAAUCAAAGUGAUAAAUUAUCAAAAUAUGCUGAAGAAGUUGUCGAUUUUGCUGUUGCUUGUGCUGAUCCAAGUUUUACUAAAAGAGAAAUUUUAGAUUGUUUGAAAGUAACUUUGAAAGAUGCCAAAAACAAUCACACCGAAGCAGAAUACUUAAAAGCACAAUUCAGUGGAAUCGCAGCAAAUCUAAUCAAUGUACAUAAUGAAUGUUUUAAUUAUGCCGAAAAAAUUAAAACAGAUGCUAGAAAAAUUGAUUCAACAACUGUUAACGAAUUAAAAAAAGUAGAAUCUAAACGAAGAAAGUUUGAUAUUGCGAGCAAAGUUGGAGCCGGAUUUGCUAUUCUGGGUGGAGUAGUUUCUAUAUUUGCGGCACCGGUUACUGGAGGUGCUUCUUUAGUUGUUGAAGGUAUAGCUCUUUUUGAAGGAGGAUUAGUCGUGGCUGGAUCCACAGGCGCAAUUGCUCUAGGAUCGAAAUUUGUUUCCAAUAAAAGUAGCAAUGAGGUUGAUACUCUAAAUAAGCAGUUGACCAUAGAAAGAAAUCGUUUAUCUUCUAACAUUAAGCUAUUGAAUCAGAAUCUUGAGUCAAUCAUUGAAGAAACUUCUGGAAUAGUAAAUUUCUGGGGCGAACAAAUUACUUCUCUUAACGAACUCAUCGAGAAGCUUGAGCGGAGUGAUAAAAAAGAUGAUGAACGUCUCUCAAGAAUAGAAGCGCUUUCCAUUCAAAAGAAAUGGAAAAAUGUUAGCCGAGGGUGCAAAGAAUAUAAUCGUACCAUUAGGACUGUUUUGCAAACUUCUAAUCUGGAUACAUUAUACGAUACUAUCAUCUAUGUUUACGGUGAUUACUUAUAUAUUUUAGCACAAGCUCAAAAAAUAAAAUAA